UCACCUACAGUUCCAACUUUGUCAGAUUUCGGUUUGUAUAUUUAAUUGUCAUUGAAGUGCUUUGACCAUGUUGUGGUUGAUCAUUUAUAUAUGUAGUAUGUUUUUAAUUCUCUUAUGAAAUAAAGUGUUUCUUGUUUUCAUUACUAUUUGUGAUUAUGUAUAUUUGUGUGCAGCUGAACACUGACUUUUGGACAGUUGAACAUCUGUCACCUCUGGAAGCUGCAGUCUGUGAUUCACCUGUGUCUGUGUUUCUGUGUCACAUGUUUCACGGUCAUAUCAACUCUUAACAAUGAUGAGAUGUUAUAGUGACUUUAAAUAUUAAACCCUGUGAUAGUGAUGAGUCACACACUGUCAGGAAGUGACUUGGGUUGUGACUCCAGCAUCAGAGUGUGUUUGCAGGCACCAGGAUAAUCUGAGUUUCAUGAACAGGAGCCUAAAGAGUGGAAGGUUUUCAGGUCGAGUCUCGGGACGAACUUCUCCUCUCGACCUCCGACAGGUUUUUAUUUGAAUCUGAAGUUUUAUAAACGUUUCAGAGAGAAACGCAGAGGAGAGUCCGCGAGCAGCGCGUCACCCGGCGGCCGACGGAGCCGCUUCCGAGGCUUCCUGGAGGAAACACGGACUCGUCUUCAGGUUCCGACUGUUUCCAGACGAAGAGGAACUCCUCCGCUUCCGGUUCGACUCCUUCUCUCGCGUUGUUGUGUCCAUCAAAAGAGAAUUUGAGACGUUUGUUGUUGAGGAGAAAACACAAGUGCGCGUGCACGUUGAGUCUCCACGGUUCUCAUGCUGUGUUUAAUUUCCGUCUCUGCAGGAAUCUGCAUCAGAACCGAUCUCCAGCUGAUUCGCAGCUUCAAGACACGAUGGCAGAAGAAGUCGCUCCAGCUGCAGCCUCCGCACCGGCCAAGGCCCCGAGGAAGAAGAGCCCCAAGCCCGCGAAGGGGCCCGGGGCCGGGGAGCUCAUCAAGGCAGCGGUCGCCGGCUGCAAGGACAAGAAGGGAAUCUCCUUCAUCGCCGUGAAGAAGCAGAUGGCCGCGGCCGGCUACGAUGUGGAUCACAACGGGCACAACGUGAAACGCGCCCUGGGGAGGAUGUUGACAGACGGGGUCCUGGUUCAGCUCACAGGGAACGGAGCGUCCGGAUCAUUCAGGAUGAACAAGGCCGUCGAGAAGGCCCCGAAGGCAGUGAAGAAACCAGCCAGGAAGCCGGCCCCCAAAGCCAGGAAGCCCGCGACCCCGAAGAAGAGCCCGACCCCGAAGAAGGCCUCGGUCAAGACGCUGAAAGGGGGCCGGAAGUCCCCUAAGCCCGCAGCGAAGAAGGUGAAGAAGGUGCAGAAAGCUCCGGCUGCAAAGAAAGUGACCAAGAAGGUGGAGGCCAAGAGCCCAAAGAAGGUGGAGGCCAAGAAGGUUGUGAAGAAGGCGGUGAAGGCCCCGAGCACCAAGGUCCAGACGGUCGGAACCAGGAGAACAGCCCGGAAGUAGAAGUAGUAGAAGAAGUGGAUGUAAACAAACGGCUCUUUUCAGAGCCACCACCCGGUGCAGAGCCAAUGUCCUCAGCUAGAGUCACGUGCUCCAGCAGCAGAGACAUGGGUCACAUCAAACUAUAUCUAGUUACUGAACUUUACUAUCAAACUAUAUCUAGUUACUGAAAUGUAUUAACAAACUAUAUCUAGUUACUGAACUUUUACUAUCAAACUAUA